GGGGGGGCGGCUAUCGCACACCGCUGUGCACCUGCGAGGCAAGCAGCAGUAGUCGCGCGGUCCACAGUCGGGCGUUGCUCACACGGUGGGCCACCAUGGCCAUCGCGACCGUCGCAGCCCUGAUCCUGGUGCUACCGGACUUGGGUUCCAGUUCACCAGCCACAACACAGCCGCCACGUAGUCGCGCCGCGCUCGAGCUUCUCACGACGACGGGGAGCCCGCGGAGAGAAGCCGGGAGGGUGGCGCCGCUCAACGCGACCUCCCCGCCCGGGCUCCGGGUCAUGCCGGACGCGCUGUCCACCCCCAACAUCAUCAAGAGUAACAAGUACCCCGUGGAGGAGCACACCGUCGUGACCGAGGACGACUACGUCAUCACAAUAUUCCGCAUUCCCCACGCCGACCGGCCGGCGGUGUACCUGCAGCACGGCCUCAUGUGCUCGUCCACCGAGUUUGUGAUCAGCGGGCGCAACCGGGCACUGGCUUUCCUUCUCCACGACGCGGGGUACGACGUGUGGUUAGGCAACUUCCGAGGCAACAGGUACUCACGGAAGCACAAAAGGAUGACCACCAGUGACAAGGCAUUCUGGGAAUAUUCAUGGCAUGAGAUCGGCUUCUACGACGUGACCGCUAUGAUCGACUACAUCCUGAACAACACCCGGCGAGAGUCGCUGGUGUUCGUCGGCCACUCCGAGGGCACCACGGCCCUCUUGGCGGCCGCAUCCCUGCGGCCCGAGUACAACGGGAAGGUGUCGAUGUUCAUAGCCCUCGCCCCCGUGGCGUUCUUCAACAACGUGAACACGAUCCUAAUGCGCUUUAUGAUUGCGAUGGAGCCCCUCAUGGAACUAGGCGCCAACAUUCUGGGCCAGUACGACAUCAAGCCCCACCCGCCCCUGAUCAGGUUCGUCACCGACCACAUGUGCAACAAGAAACUGGUCGGACGCUGGGUCUGCACCAACGUCGUGUUCCGCGCCAUAGGCUUCAACGGGCAGCAAGUCGACAAGGAACAAAUCCUGACCAUCCUAAAGACCAUGCCGGCCGGCUGCGCCUUCAGGGAGCUCUCCCACUACUCCCAGGUGUUUUAUAGCGGCAAGUUUCAGCAGUUCGACCACGGAUCGAGGAAAAACAAGGAAAAAUACGGUCAGGACCAACCGCCAGAGUACCCGCUAGAUAACGUCAGCUUACCCGUGUAUGUGUACUACACGGAAAACGACGUAUUCACCUCGACUGAGGACGUGAAGACACUGCGAGACAGGCUCCCAAACGUGAAGAAGUACAAGCGAAUCUUUCACGACUCGUUCAACCACAUGGACUUCACGUACGCCAGGGACGCCAGGAAGCUGCUGUACGACGACAUACUCCGGGACAUCGAGGAAGCUACAAAAGAGGGGAAGGCGUGAAGUUGCUUCUCCAGUGCUCAUGUGGUAAUUUAAUGAAAACAUUAGAACAAAAACAAAAAUACAAAAUCAAAACAGAUACAUUUCCGGUAAUUUGGAAAGCACAUGUAUCAAAGAA